AUGGACGACGAAGACGACGAUGACCAGGAGAUGGACGCUGAAGAGGGGGAUCCAGACGAGCACAUUGUCCUAGAGGAUACAUCCAUCCAGUCUUUUGCAGGCCACGCAAAAUCCGUGUUUGCCGUCGCUGCUCAUCCAUCUGCACCUCUCGCCGUCUCAGGAGGCGAAGAUGACGCCGGAUACCUAUGGGACACCACGACAGGAGACCAAGUUCUCAAGUUGGAUGGGCACUCGGACAGUGUCGUCGCUGUCGGCUUUAGCCACGCUGGGGAUAUGGUCGCAACUGGCGGUAUGGACGGUCGCGUGCGGAUUUGGAAAAAGAAGGAUUCCUGGAAAAGCUGGGAAUUCCUGAUACAACUAGAGGGUGUGGACGAGGUUGUGUGGCUCAAAUGGCAUCCCGCCGGCCCCGUUCUCCUCGUUGGAGGUCAAGAUUCAACAAUGUGGAUGUACCAACUCCCGUCUGGAAACUCGAUGCAAAUCUUUGCCUCGCACACCGAAACCGUCAAUGUCGGUACAUUUAUCCCAUCUGGCAAACGUAUUCUCUCCGGUGAUGGCGCAGGAACGUUAAUCUAUUGGGAUCCGCGAUCCACUACCCCACUAUGGAAGCUCAGCAGCGAAGACGAACGCUUUGGUCUUAGUGGAGGCGUCAUCUCCAUCGCCGUCAACAAAGAGGGUACUCUUGCCGUCGUUGGGGGUGCAGAAGGUGGCGUCAAGAUUGUCAACUUGGCCAAGGAAAAAGCGUCGAGUGUGGCUUUCGUGGACAUUGGUGCCGCUGGUUCGACUCGUGAAGUCGUUGUCACCGGCGGUACGGAUGGCAAGGUCUGUGUCUGGGAUCUCAACACGAUGCGACUACGAACAGAGAUGAAGCACGACGAUUCGGUUACCUCCAUCAUCCAGCAUCGAAAUCCCCCUUACGUUGUUACGACUGCGUCGGCAGACCGAAGUCUCAAAACUUGGGACGUCCGAAACGGUACUCUCCUCAAAGAGCAUACCGGACAUCGUGGACCUAUCAAUGGUAUCGACAUUGGACUCGGUGCCGGAGGCAAAGGCGUGCUUGUUAGUGCCGGUGAUGAUGGGGCUUGUCUUGUCUGGGAUACAGAGUAG